UCCUGCAGGAGCGCGGUGCUGUCCAGAUCAUCUCGUUGGAGAUAAAUUAACACCUGAAGCUAUGCGAGUAGUUGAAUGCAAAAAUGAUUGUGUUUUACUGAACAGAUCUACACUGUUUGAACUCUUACAUAAAUUAAGAACAUUUGCGAUCCAGACAGAAAAAUCAAGAAUUGACUUUGACUCUGAUGAAGCACUAACUGCAUCAGAUUUUAUUAACUUAACUGGAAUUACAAAAGCCAAUUUUACAGAUCUUUAUACAUAUAUAAAGGACUUGGUACGGAAUACACCAGCUCGUUCAACAAAAACAUCGCUGGGAAUAUAUUUGUUUAAAAUGAAGUCUGGGAUAUCAAACAAAGUGUUAUCAACGGUUUUCAAUAUCACCAAGUCCAGUAUCCGACGUGCUGUAUCUUCCGUUAGAAUGGCAUUAAUGCAGUCAUUUGUUCCACAAAAUUUGGGUCUUUCUCACAUCAGUCGAGAACAGAUAAUCAGAAAUCACACACGGCCAUUGGCACAGACGUUAUUUGGCGACAUCUCAAAUACUCAAGCUAUACUUGUAUUGGAUGGGACCUACAUAUAUAUCCAGAAAAGUGGCAACUUUCAGUUCCAGCGUCGGACUUUUUCAAUUCAUAAAUCUCGUCCAUUACUAAAACCUAUGAUUGUUGUUUCCACAACUGGAUACUUCAUUACCGUACUUGGGCCUUACUUUGCAGAUUACAAAAAUAAUGAUGCUUCUAUUUUAAAACAUAUUCUGCACAACAACAUUGAAGAUAUUAAGAACUGGGUUGAAGAAAAUGACAUUUUCAUUGUUGACCGUGGUUUCAGAGACUCUUUAGAACUGUUGGAGGACCUUGGAAUUAAAGCUGAAAUGCCAUGUUUUAUGCAAAAGGGUCAAAAGCAGAUGACAACACAAGAUGCAAAUGCGAGCAGAUUAGUAACAAAGGUACGUUGGGUUGUUGAAUCGGCAAAUGGGCAGAUAAAGAGAUGGAAGUAUAUGGACCAUGUGCUUCCAACAAAUCAGGUGCCAUAUAUUGGUGACCAUGUGCGGAUCAUUUGUGCUAUCUGCAACAAAUACUUUCCAUCAUUGUCUCCAGGGAACACAGAUGACGAGGCAUUGGCAACAAAAAUGCUAUAUCUGUCCAAACAAAUCAACAACCUAAAGAGCAGAGUGGAAGAUGAAAAUAUGGAAAAGCGACGAGUGAUAUGGACAGAACCAGAUGAUUGUUUGAUUAACUUCCCUAAACUUGAUGAGACAGACUUGAGAAAUAUUACAUGUGGUUCUUAUCAACUAAAGUUGGCUAGUAGUUACAUGCAGGAGCAUAUAAACGGUGACUGUGAAAUGCAAGUCCACAAGGAAAACGACAAUCUAAUUAGAGUCAGACUUCAAAGCCGACAUGUCUCUUCCAAGCAAUAUCUUCUGUGGAUUGAACAUGAUUGUGUUAAUGUUGUUGCAUGGUACUGUAAAUGUCGGGCAGGUGCACGUGUAGUUGGAGUCUGUGCACACAUAGCCGCAGUUCUGUGGUAUCUUGGGUAUGCUAGACACCACCCAAAUGUCAAUUUUGGCAUUAAAAAUUGGGGAGAUUUUGUUCAAGAUGCCCAGUGCAUUCCAGAAUCUGUUGAUUCUUCUGACAGUGAACAGAGUGUUGUUGAAGAAUAACAUUGUUACAUGUUCUGGUUCUACCUUGAAUUAACUGAAUUUUGAAAUUGAAAUAAUUUCUUGAAUUUUCUAGAUAAAAAGGUCAUUGAUGUCUCAUUUUAAAGGGUCUCUUUGAUCCCUUGAUGUCUACAUUUAAGAUAGUUAGCUAAUUUGAAUUUCAAAAACCAUAUAAAAUGACAAAAAUUUGCAUUAUAUAAGGAAAGGAAAAUCUGAGCCAAGGAAUAAUUGUGGAAACAGAAUAUUCUGACAUGGAUGACUAUGAGAAUUAUUUAAUGAUGUUACUAAAUAUUUAUGGAUAUCCAUAAUUCAUUUUAUAGAUAUCCAUAUUUCAAUGAUAUUCAUUUUAUGGAUAUCCAUAAAUGCAAGUGAACUAUGGAUAUCCAUAACUGAAAUUGUAGAUAUCCAUAAAUGAAUUAUGGAUAUCAAUAAUUUAUGCAGAUUUAAGGUUAUCCGAAAUUGGAAAUAUUGAUAUCCUUAAUUUGAUUUAUAGAUAUCCAUAAAUGAAUUAUUAAUAUAAAUAACUAGUGAAUAAAUUGUACAACAGCAACCAUAUGCCAUUUUACUUUUUAUUCACAAUGUUUAUUAAUAUCCUUCAUUUGAUUUUCAAUUAUAAUUAUCUAAGUCUAAAGAUUUAUGGAUAUCCAAAUCAAAUUAUGGAUAUCCAUAACUGUAAGAGAAUUAUAAUCAAACAUAAAUAUUAAAUCAAAUUAUAGAUAUCCAUAAAUCAAGUUAUGUAUAUCUGAACUCAUUUUGAUAUAAUAUUAUCCAUAUAUUGAAUAAGUGAUAUUUAUGAAUCAAUUUAUAGAUAUCCAUAAAUGAAUUAUUGAUACCAAUGAAUAGUUAACAAAUAGUAAAACGGUGCCCCAUACAUACACCCACCCAAAAUAUUUGUGUCAACUUUUUCUAUUGUUGGUGUAUACAAACGAAAUUAACAAUAUUUUUUUUCUUUACCAAUAACAGUAUAGUGUAAUAGUGUAUAUAUGAAUGCUGUAAAUGCAAUUAAAUAAAAUGAUAAGUUAAAAGCAUGUGAUGUAAACAUGUUGGUAUAUGUACAGUAGCAGUCGUAAUAGUAACCUGUUUGCUUAUAUUUCUCCAUAUCAUCUUUUUUAAUGAUUUUCCUCUGGAAUUUUGAUACAAUUUAAGGAAACAGAAACAUUUGGCAUUAGUGACUGAUGUGGUUGCCAUGGCAACAAAUGUGUUUAAUUAAAUAGAUAAUUGAUAAAUUAAUUUUUAGGAAAAAAUCCUAGAAAUUAACAUGAUCAAAUUUGAUGUAAAUUCAAAUAUGAAAAAAAAAAAACUUUUUCGAGUUGGAAAAACUAUAAUACAGAUGAUAUGUGGUUGCUAUGACACUGCUAACUAGAGACAUAAUAAUGGUAUUUUGACUUGUAUUCCCAAGGAAGUUGUUAAAAAGUGUAUUGGGUUAUCACAACAGUAAAAGUGAUUUUGUCCCUGCA